AACACUGCAUACAUACAAGUAAUUGUAGCGAAGAAAAAUAAAGUCGCAUUGCAAACGACUAUACAAAAAUACAUAUUAUAUUUUUUUGUUAGAAAGAAUUCAAUUCUUAAUGAUUGCAGUGUUAAAAGUGUAUUGCAACAAAAUACAACGUUCAAAAUAAUUGUGGUUUUAGUUUACGGAAACGCUUCGUAAACACAACUAAAGCUAUAUAAAACAGGCGAAGAGACGACAACAAGUUUCGCUGAUACAAAACAGACUCCAGAGAGUUCAACAUUUUUGUUUUGUUUUCAAUUAAAAACAUUGACCAGUUAAAAAGCCGAUAAUGUCGACCGUACAGCCGUCACAAUCACCUCCACAACAAUCACCCGAUGCAAAAAAGGUCGGUUCAGAUGGCGAAGAUUUUUCAGACACAGCCAAUGAGACGGUUACGUUUGAGCUAUGCUCUGAUGCAAAUAAAACAGCAACCAGCUCAUCACACCAAGAUUCUGAGUAUGACACGGCCAGUGAUUCACAAUCAUCAGAUGAAGCUGAUCCUUUGCAAAAGUCCGAACCAGCCGGAGAUUCUGGUGGCGGUAAAACAGUUGAUGAAAGUCUUAUUGAUUUAGUCAAUGCCAAAACCGGCAUGAUGCAUCUUGACGAUGAAGAAAGUCGCAAAUUAUCGUGCAAAGAAAAUGAUGUGCAUGAUGAUGCCGAUGGAGAGGCUGAUGAUGAUGAAGAAAGUUUGACUCGACGUGGCAGAAGAGGCAGCCACAGUGGAGAAUCCGAGGAUGAUGACGAUGAUGAUGAUAGAUCCGAUGAUGAUAUUAGAAGUGACGAUGAAAGUGAGAGUGACAAUGGAAGUAUUAUACUAGAUUUGGAGCGUCAACGUGGUGAUGGCGAAGAGGAGCAAAACGAAGAAGGAAAGAAAGUGGAUGACGAUGAAGAUCGUAGCAAUCCUCAAUACAUCCCCAAGCGAGGUGUUUUCUAUGAACACGAUGACCGAACUGCCGAUGAUCCCGAUGCGAAUAGCGCUGAGUUGGAAGAUGGUGCUGAUGAGCAGCCACCGAAACCAGUAAAAAAGACUUCAGAUCGAUGGGCGCAUGAUUAUUAUGAUGAAUCAGAGCAAGCGCCAAAGUCACGUGCUGAAUUGGUGAAUUCAUAUGGCUAUGAUAUUCGUAAUGAAGACGGUCCACCGAAAACUCGACGUAAUCGUCGAUAUAACCGUGGCCCAAGCAAAUACACUCGCAAAUGGGAAGAUGAAAGUGCAUAUGCCAAACAGAAUGCAUUACCACCAAGAAAUCCACGUCCCGAAGAUUUCCCCGAGCUGGGCUCGAAAGUUGAUCGCCGUGCUAAGAGCAGUUAUCAAGAUCGUCAAGAAGAGAAAGAGAAUAAAUUACGGCAGAAUUAUCAAAACGACGACGAUAAUCGAAUUUAUGCGAGUCGAAAGAAGAUACCAAGCCGUCAGAAUGACAGGCGUGAUAGCGAUCGACGCGAUAUUUCACCACGGUCGCGUCGCCAACAUGAUCGAUACGGGCCGAGUCGUGGCAGAGAAAAUGAUUUGGAUGAUCGACGAAAGAACAAGGACAAAGGUUAUAAAAUCCAUGGCCGAAGCACGAUGGAAUUUAAAAAUCAAAAUCGUAACAGAAGUAGCGAAUAUGAAGGUCGCGGUAGCGGUGGAAUGCAUCAUCGAAAUAAUAGCGGUGGUCAUUCGGAAUCUCGUAAUCACUCACAUCAUCAUGACGAUGAACAUGUUGAAUCGAUUAGUUUCACAAAUUCGAAACUUAAUAAUAAUUCAAAUCGAUUUUCUAAUGUGGAAUAUUCGAAUGUUGGAUCGAUGCAAGGCAGAGAAUAUGGCAUCAAUCAGUUGGGACAAGAGCAAACAAUGCAACAAUCUCAGAAUCAACAGUCACAAUCCCAGCAACGGUUCCAAUUAGUAUCCAACGAAAUACCAAUUAAUCUAGAGUCGGGCAAUCAAAUGCCUAACCAACAAAAUUCCCAAAGCACUUUGCUUACAACGAACCAUUCAUUGCCUAUUUCAUCCAGCGUUAUUGCUACAACUGGAGCCGCACCGCUUAAUCCACAGGCAAUACAUGGACAAGCCAUAAAUCAAGUACAACAACCACCACCAAUGGGACACAUACAAGGAGCUGCGAAUAAUUCAAAUAAUUUAAAUAAAGGUCACCAGAAACGCUAUUCAAAUCAACGGCAACGGACUGGAUUAGAAGCACAAACACAACCACCAGCUCAAACACAACAACUGCCAAUGAAUGUGGUAAUUCAACAACAACAGUCUCAACAACCACCACAACCGCCACAAAAUCCACAUCAAACCACACCACAUCAGACACCACAACAAAAUGUUGUACCGAAUGUAUCGGCACCCACACAAUUUCAACCAAACUAUUUUCCUAAUGAAUAUCCAGCUAUUAAUCAAUUGUACGUGUCUGACAUCCGACAACAACCGUCGGGUCCCGCAUCUGGAUACUUGCCACAAGGCGCUCCACCACAGCCUGCAUCCGUUGGUGUAGUGCCACAAAUGAUGAAUUUUGUGCCCGCUCAUCCACCUAUGCAACCAGCUCCCGUUGUACAACCCGUUCCUAAUGCUCAAGUAGUUGCCCAGCCACCGCAAGGGCAAUAUCCGACGUAUCCAGCAUAUGCUGGCGUACAGAAUUAUAAUUCAGCUAGCGGCAUAACAUAUUAUGCACCACAAACGCAAGCACCACCACGACCAAUAUUGUCACAGCGACGUCAUAAAAAUGCAAUUCCAAUCAUGGCGCCACCAGAGCGAAGCAACAAAAAUUCGCAUGGCAAUCGAUCAAGCGGAAGCGGGCCAAAUUCCAGCAAUAAUGACAGCAACAACAACAGUGACCAACAACAGGGCGCCCAGUCAGUGGAUAAUACAGCUGAAAAUAUCGAUCACAUCUUGGACAAUAUGUUUGUGCAGAGACCGCACCCAUAUCAGUCUGGUUUAGCUGAAUCAGCGGCAACCGUACGAAAGGACUCAUCAAGUGACGGUCCAAAAUCGCAAAUGGUUGAUGUCAGUGGGAAUUCUGAAACAAAAGAUGAUGCUGGUAAUAUCGAACAAUCGACUGGUUCUUUUGGUGAUAUGAACAUUUCAGUUGCGAUUCAAGCAAAUCAGUAGGAACAAAAUUAUAAAAACAAUGAACAGCAACAUGAGAUUUUACGACCAAGACUAAUAAGCAACCAUCUGUAAAUAUUAUUGAAGAGAAUGCUGUAAUAAACAACGCAUGGAAGAUCAUUCAUCCGACCAUUUCAUCUCACAAUUUACAAGAUUUCUUUCUUUUAAUACGAAAAAAAAAUUCAAAUGCAAUUGUUCCAAAUUCAAAUUGAAUAAAAAACACACGGCUUAUA